GUUUGAUUUAGUGAAGCACCAAGAUGAAAAUGAAGAGGCUUCUUUGUCUAACUCUGGCUGUUUGGUUCGAAAUAUUUGCAACUGAAGCAAGCAUUUGCCCGAACGCAACUGAUGGUCAAGUCAUUGAUUGGGAAAAGUUGGGAAGUUUGAACACAUAUUGGUAUGAUGUCAUCGACAUUCCAAAACCAGCCACCGAUGUUGAUUGCUGGGAUUGGAAAAACAUUUACCCCGUGCAGGAUGGAUUAAAGGCUACAUUAGUCCAAUACGUUGAAGGCGGUACAGGCAAACAUCUGAUGAAUGCACACCUUAUAUUGAAUGAGGAUGGCUCCUACACCUGGGAUAUUAAAAACAAAAAUCUUUUCAGAAAAAAGACUAGAAAGGCUCUGCGGCAUAAAAUUAACGAUCAAAUGAUUGAAAACAUAGAUGCCCAAGCGGACCUACUUUUCAAGCUGAAAUUCUGGUUUAUGACUGAUUACGAAAACUACUUCAUAUUAGGAGCCUGCGCUGCGGGAGAAGACCAUAUUUUUGGCUCGUAUAUAAAAUCCAACAAAAAAAAUCCGCCUCUUUCCGAUGUACUUGAUGUCUGGAACAGAUUUUCUGAUCUUGAGGAGUCACCACAAGUCUACUUGAAGACAGCUUGCAUUAAUAGAGAUCCUGAUUUUUUUAAUUAUUGAAAGUGUGUUUUAUUUCUUGAUUUCAACAAUUGACUAACAAAAAAUAUCACACAUG